AUGUUGGUGCUAGCUUUCCAAGACCAACAAUCACAAGGGAUUGAAGUUUGCUUAUCACUACAAAUCAAGGGACCCGUUUUAUCGUGGGUGGAGUUCGGAGUUCCUUCGGUCCGAUUGAAUGACCUAGGUGUAGAACCAGGCAAGAAAGCAUUCAAACUUCUACGUCGCUCAAAAUUUCUGUUGAUUCUCCCAAUUCUGUAUUUCUUAACAAGCAAAAUUCAAUCAAUGGACAACAUCGUCGAUGCUUUGAACAGUGCUUAUCUAGAAUUCGUGAGCGCAAUAGCAAACACCCUUGAAACCAAGGAUGCUGCAGGUGGCCAGGUAACCGCCGCCACUGAUGCCGCCCUAGAAAACCUCAAACAGAGGUGGGAAUUGUUCAGGGUGGCAUGUGAUCAAGCUGAGGAGUUUGUGGAGUCUGUGAAACUGAGAAUCGGGUCUGAAUGCUUAGUGGAUGAAGCCACUGGUUCAGUCGCUGGAAAGCCAGGUCAGCCUGUGACACCUGGACUGCCACCUAUUAGCGCUGUCCGGUUGGAGCAGAUGAGUAAAGCUGUCAGAUGGCUUGUGAUUGAGCUUCAACAAGGUUCAGGAUCCGGGGGCAAUUUAGGGAUUCCGCAACAUAAUUCUGCCCCUUUUGAUGCUCGAUUUCAUGAAGAUUCAACUCAAUAGGUUCACUUUGAUUAAUCUGGUUACUGUUUUUUUUUUUUAGAUUGUUUUUUCAGUUUGUUAUGUCUUGGAUUAAUGUUUUACUUUGAAUGUGAUCAAACUAACUUCUUUGGUAGACUUGACAAAUGAAUAGAAGUUUGAAUAAUGUUAGGCCAAUGAAUAUAAGUAUUGGAACCCAUUUAAAAUUGAAGGUUGAAUAAUGUUCAUAUGACUCGAUCUUUGAACAUUAAUAAAUUUAUUGAAUUGAGUGAUAUUUUUUAAUCUAAGUUAUGGAAC